CAGAAAGUCCGCCGUGACCCCCGCCGGGGCCAAAUCCGCCUCCGCAAUCAUGAAUAAAGAAGCAUUGCUCUCCGUCACUGAGCGCGACUUCAUCCUCAAUGCGCUGCGCGAGGAUGUGCGACUGGACGGUCGCGGUUUCGAUCAGCUGCGUCCGCUGAAUGUGUCGUUCGGGGAGGAGUAUGGACAUGUGAAGGUGCAGCUCGGCAAAACCAGCCUUAUUGUCCGUAUCUCAGCCGAAGUCACGAAACCUCACGAUGAUCGUCCGUUUGACGGUCUUUUCACAAUCGCCAUGGAGCUGACUGCCAUGGGCUCUCCCGCUUGGGACAACGGCCGACAAGGAGACUUUGAAACAUAUGUCACCAAUGUCCUCGACCGUGUCGUUCGCCAUUCCAACGCCCUGGACACCGAGUCCCUCUGUAUCCUCAAGGGUGUCAGCUGCUGGAGCAUCCGCGCGGACGUCCACGUUACCGACUACGAUGGCAACCUGAUUGAUGCGGCUUGUAUUGGUAUUAUGGCUGGACUGCAGCAUUUCCGCCGUCAAGACGCUGUAGUCAAGGAUGGCCAGGUGAUUGUCUACGGACUUGAUGAGCGAGUUCCUGUCGCAUUGAACAUCACGCAUAAGCCGCUGUCUGUUACUUUCCACACAUUCGAUGAAGGAAAGCGGGUCAUUAUUGAUGCAACUCGGAAGGAGGAGCAGGCAGCGGAAGCCGACGUCGUAAUUGGCAUCAACAAUGCGGGUGAUGUGUGCUUCGUCUCCAAGUUCUCUGGAUCGCCAGUGGAUGCGAUGGUCUUUGUGGAUAAGACUUCUGUUGCUUUGGAAAAGGUCAAGGAGAUCAAUGCAACCAUUGAUAAGGCGUUACAAGCUGAUCUCUCGAAACGAGCGAAGAUCGGUAUGGCCGAGGAGUCGCGGGCGGAAAAUGAUCGGUAAUUGGGCUUGAGCUUCAGGGAAGCGAAUACCAUUAAUGAGUUAAGACACUGCAUUAGAAAUUAAAACUAUGCCAUAUAAUUCG